UGCUAAAAACAUGAAUGUUCUCAGUGAUCCAAACCUCAGUACCGUUAUUCGGGAAUAUUUUGAGUCAGGAUAUACAUACGAGGUGAUACUGGACAUGCUCCAGACCAACCACGAAGUGUCGGUUAGCCUGCGUUCUUUAAAGGCUCAUUUGAAAGUAGCAGGGCUGCAUAGACGAGGCAACUACUCUCCACUUUCUGACGUGAGACGUGCCAUUAUGACCGAGCUUAGAGGACCAGGCCAAUUAUUUGGCUAUCGGACCAUGUGGCAGGUUCUCAAACAAAAACACAACCUGCGUGUCAAACGUGAUGUUGUAAUGAGACUGCUGAGGCAGCUGAAUCCUCAGGGCAUCGCUCUGAGGACUCGCAGGAAGUUUACCAGACGCACGUACCACUCUAUGGGGCCCAAUUACAUAUGGCAUGUAGAUGGCUACGACAAACUGAAGCCAUUCGGCUUGGCCAUCUCAGGAUGCAUUGAUGGGUUUUCUAGAAGAAUGAUGUGGCUUGUUUGUGGGGCAACAAACAACAAUCCCUCUGUCAUUGCCCAGCAUUACAUAAACUGUGUCAAGAGUCUUGGCGUAAUACCAAUGAGACUGCGAACAGACCUAGGCACAGAGAACGGGACUAUGGCAGCAGUACAAUGUACCCUCCGGCAUGCGCAUACGGAUUAUUAUGCUGGAUCAUCAAGCCACAGUUACGGAUCAUCCACAGGGAAUCAACGCAUCGAGUCAUGGUGGUCUUCUUUCAGGAGAGGAAGGUCUCAGUUUUGGAUGGACUUUUCGGAGAUUUAA